UCCUAUUUCGCUUCUCUUUUCCUCCUUCCAACUUCACAGUCUCGUCUUUAUGCAUUUCAAAGUCAAUAAACAGUGCAAAAUUAUUAUAUGUACAACGGCACUAUCACUCCGAGCAAGACGCCGGCGCAGAACAAGCAGACGGCCACCUUCUUGUUACGUUCAAGCCUACAACGCUCCGCCCUUGGACCUCUUGGCCGCGACACUUCCCCGCGAACCACCAAGCCUCCAGCUCGGCGGGAUGGGGCGAGCAUGUUUGUUGGACAAGGAGCAGUCGCACCGCAGAGCCUUGGCACUUUCCCACGAGCCAAGCAAAAUGCUCUAUCUCCCCCACCAGAGAGAAGCAUCCAAAGCGACCAGGACGUAGAUAUGCGUUUCUUGGUGGCACUCCAACAGAGCGGCUAGGAUCCAUGUUACCUUCCAUCUCCAGAACGAGUGACCUUGGCGCGAAGGAGGCGAGGGCGAAGGACAUGGUGAGGAUUGAACUGCUAUAUAGUGUCUUCGUAGAUCUUUCCACUGGGAGAUGCUCGAGCGCAAUCCCGUUUUCCUUUCCUUCCUUUCGUUGUUGAAACCGUUCUCUGUGACACCCUUGGCGCAUCUCUCGAGCAGUCGCCGUCAUGAGUUCUGGAGGCGCUGGGUUGGUUGAUCUCGUCGAGGUCAACAAGUCUCAUGUGCCACAACUGACUGCCGUCGAUUCUGAAGAGGGAACUUCCUUCGACGAGAAGCAAGUUGCUGUCGAUGGCGAAGCUGUCUCUGUUUCCGACUCGGAUAUCAGCUAUGAGGACUUGAAGUCUUUGAGGCGCGUUGCUGGAAAGAUUCCGUGGACCUCCUACACGAUUGCCUUCGUCGAGUUCUGCGAGCGCUUCUCCUACUAUGGCACAACCACCGUGUUCGUCAAUUUCAUCCAAAGGCCUCUGCCCGACGGAUCCACCACCG